AAGCUCAGUUUACAAAAGCCCUUUGUGUGUGUUUUAAAGCCACAACAGAGGACAGAGGGACAGAGGAAGCACGUGCUGGAUAACAUUUUCUUUGAAGAGCCAUCAGUGAUGAAGACACUACCAGCGAUGAUCUCUGCAGCUGUUUUGGUGCUACUGCUCAGCCCUCUGUGGAGUACAGACGCCGCCAGCUAUCAGGGCGCUUUUCCACAUCCAAACAAAUCCAACCCAAAUGAAUCGGACAGAUGCCAAACUCCCGCCAUCGGUGGAUUAAUUUCUCACGUGCCAGGGCCUGUAACCUCAACCGACGAAGUUCUGGAGUCCAGCCAGGAAGCGCUGCACGUUACGGAGCGUCGCUACCUGCGUCUGGACUGGUGCAAGACACAACCGCUGAAGCAGACCAUCCAAGAGGAGGGCUGCCUGAGCCGGACCAUCAUCAACCGCUUCUGCUACGGACAGUGCAACUCCUUUUACAUCCCGAGGCACAACUACCAGGACGGAGACGCUUUCCAGUCGUGCUCUGCCUGCAAACCUAAAACUUUCAGCACCGUUACUUACACUCUGUUCUGCCCGGGUCAGACACCCAGCACCAGGAAGAAACGGGUGCAGCGCGUGAAGCAGUGCCGCUGCACGACGAUAGAUACGGAUUAGAGGCAGACCAAAUCAUCCCAGGUCGAUUACAUCUUCUUAGAUUGGUGGAUUUGUGCAGAUUUCCAACAAAAUAAGAGGACGGAAAGUGCAUUCUAGUUAAAGGACAAGUGAACUCACAGGAGCCUUUUUAUGAAUAUAAGGAAGAGCAGCAAUUUGGAAGUUAAUUUGCUGAGAGCAUAGCCACAAGAUGUUGAUUCUGACGCCUUGUUCCCUCUAAAAUAACUUUUUAAAAACUGUCAAAAUACAUAAAGUGUCAAGUUAUAGUUUCCUCAAAGUUAAGUGCAAGUAAAAGUUUAACAGAUUUGAGGUUCCUAGCUAAAAUAUUUUAGAUGCAGGAUGGACUUUGACCAAAGUUUGGAGUUUGGUAAAAGUGUUAAAUGUGAAUAAAAGCAUUGAGUACAUUAGUUCUUAACACGUCAUAUUUGUUGCACAAAUGCAGGCUAAAAGAGGAGCAGCGUUCUUCAGUGCAUAUAUUGUUUCCACUGUGUGGAAUGUAAAGCUGAAUUCUGUUGUGAUAUAGACACUUUGGUAUUAUAACCUGCACUGCUUAAUGCCACUUCAUCUUAUUAAUGUGUAUUAAAUCGUCUUUUAUUGUAAAGUUGCUUGUAAA